AAUCAAAAAAGAAAAAGAAAAGUCUAAACAUUUGGCGUCGAUUUCUUUAUUUCUAAGCAAAGAGAGAGAAAACAAAUCGAGGAUCUGAAUCGUCAAAAACUACUUUUCCCUAGAUCUUUUAAGGUAAAGAAGAAGAUCAUCAAAGCUUUCAUUUUUGAGAUCUGGGCUUCAGACAAAGAUUCUAUUUUUUUCUCUCCCCCAUUUUAAUUUUAAUUCCAGCUCCAAAUUCUCAGCUUCGGAUUUUGGUUUUCGAGUGAAGCAAAAUCACUACAUUUGCUAAAUUGCCUCGUACGUGCGGGUGAGGAUCUUUCUCAAUCACAAGAACAACGUGAAAAGUUUCCUCCUUUAAAUUAGGUUUUCUUUUCAUUAAUUCCGUAAAUUUGUUUCACCAAACGUGUGGGACUUCUUGUUUCUAAAGAGUGUUGCUUUACCAUUGGUUUUGCUCAAUGUAAAGAAGUUAAAGAUUCAAACAUUUUGUUGCAAUGGGAGAAACACAGAACCUGCAUUUGUCUCCGCGACACCGAUCUUCUCUAAAGAAGCCAUUGUUGAUUGUUUUGUUAGUCUGUAUCACAAGUGUGCUUUUGGUGAUCACUUACAUGUAUCCACAGCACAAUGGUAAGAGCUCUGCUUGUGCGGGUUUGUCUAGUAGAGGCUGUGAAGCGGCGCUUUCGGGAUGGCUUCCUGUUCAUGUGAGGAAAUUUACGGAUGAAGAAGUGGCAGCUCGAGUUGUGAUCAAAGAUAUACUGAGACUACCUCCUGCUCUAACCGCUAAAUCGAAAAUCGCUUUUAUGUUCUUGACUCCUGGUACUUUGCCAUUUGAGAGGCUUUGGGAUAAGUUUUUCCAGGGUCAAGAAGGAAGAUUCUCCAUUUACAUCCACCCAUCAAGGUUACGACCAGUUCACAUUAGCCGUCACUUUUCAGACCGUGAAAUUCACAGCGAUCAUGUCACUUGGGGAAGGAUUUCUAUGGUUGAUGCCGAGAGACGGCUUCUAGCAAACGCUCUUGAAGAUCCUGACAACCAACACUUUGUUCUUCUUUCAGAAAGUUGUAUACCGUUGCAUACAUUUGACUACACGUAUCGAUAUUUGAUGCACGCAAAUGUCAGCUUCAUUGAUAGUUUUGAGGAUCUUGGUCCUCACGGGACUGGCAGGCACAUGGAUCACAUGUUACCUGAGAUCCCAAGGCAAGAUUUCAGAAAGGGUGCACAGUGGUUCACAAUGAAGCGUCAGCACGCUGUAAUAGUGAUGGCUGAUGGUCUCUACUACUCGAAAUUCCGGGAAUAUUGCAGACCCGGGGUAGAAGCAAACAAGAACUGCAUCGCGGAUGAACAUUACCUGCCAACAUUCUUCCAUAUGCUUGAUCCUGGAGGAAUCUCGAACUGGUCAGUCACAUAUGUUGAUUGGUCUGAGCGUAGAUGGCACCCAAAGACAUACAGAGCGCGCGAUGUCUCACUCAAGCUCUUGAAAAUUAUCACGUCCGAUGAUAUGAGUGUACAUGUAACAAGCGUUGGCAAGCGAGGAGAAGAGCUGCAUUGGCCUUGUACAUGGAAGGGAAUUAGACGUCCAUGUUAUCUAUUCGCAAGGAAGUUUCACUCAGAUGCUCUUUACAAACUGGUCAGACUCUUUCCAAACUACACGAGCGCAGUGGUCUGAGCCAGAAACAAAUUCUUGAAACCAAACCAUACAAUUCUUGAAACCGGAACAAAAGACUUCCACAUAUCUCGAGAUUGGAUUGGAUUAGAUUGGAUCGCAGAUUACUGUAAAUUUCUGAGAAGCACAGUGCUUUCUCUUGCUGGGAUUUAGUGCUCUUUAAUGGGACAUGUUACUCUGCUUUUGUUAAGGUUUAGUAUAAGAACAAAAUUAGAAGCAGAGGUUUUUGUCUAAGGAGAGUUUUGGUUAUUGUGAUUUUAGCAAUUGUUUGGUUAGUGUUAACCGGUGUAUGUUGUUGUAAGGUCAAGCUAUUUAGUAGAGCUUAACACAGGUUUUAGAAUUUUGGCUGUGUUAUAAUAAUACGAAUAUAAACUA